AUGACAAUAUUGGAAAAGGUUAACUUGACUACUGGUACUGGUUGGGGUUCUGGGCCUUGUGUUGGUAAUACUGGAAGUGUCCCAAGACUUAACAUUCCCUCGCUUUGUCUCCAGGAUGGGCCUAACGGGAUCAGAUUUACUGAUUUCAUCACAAACUUUCCCUCAGGUUUGGCUACUGGUUCAACUUUCAAUAAACAUUUGAUGUAUACAAGAGGUAGAGCCAUUGGAUUGGAAGCAAAGCUGAAAGGAGUCGAUAUUCUCUUAGGUCCAACAAUUGGUCCUAUUGGAUAUAAAGCUCAAGGCGGUAGAAACUGGGAGAGUUUUGGGUUUGAUCCAUACCUUCAAGGUAUAGCAGGUGCCUGUACAGUCCAAGGCAUUCAAAGUCAAGGUGUUGUUGCUGCCGCUCGCCAGUUUAUCGGUAACGAGCAAGAGAGAUUUAGACAGGUUAAUGAGUGGACCGGUGGUGAUUGGGAUCGUUUGAGCGAAUCUAUCAAUUCAGUGAUCAAAGAUCGUGUUAUGCAUGAGAUCUAUUUAUGGCCUUGGGCAGAUGUUGUUCAUGCAGGGGUUGGUGGUGUUAUGUGCUCAUAUAAUAGAGUCAAUGGGACUUAUGCUUGUGAAAACUCGUACCUCUUGAAUUAUCUUUUGAAGGAGGAGUUAGGAUUUCAAGGCUUCGUUGUCAGUGAUUGGGGUGCUCAACAUACUGGUGUUGAUUCAGCAUUGUCUGGUUUGGAUAUGACAAUGCCGGGGGAAAUAUUUGGAGAUUGGUGCAGUGGUAAGUCGUAUUGGGGUCCGCUCUUGACAAGAGCUGUUUACAAUGAAACGAUUCCACAAUCCAGACUCAACGACAUGGUUAGUAGAAUUUUGGCAUCCUUCUUCUCCAUCGAUUCCAAACUACCAAACUCUGAUUAUGAAGAAGACUUGCCAAACUUUAGUUCGUGGACUUUCCACACAUAUGACCAAGAAUUCCCCUUCCAAAGCUAUGGUCCCAUUAAACAAACAAACUAUCACGUCGACCUGAGAGAUGAUAGCACAGAAUGGACAGCCUUAGAGGUUGCACGUGAAGCGAUUGUGCUACUUAAAAAUGACGGACACAAUCUUCCAAUAUCUGAAAAGGAUGGUAUUAGAAGGUUAUUGAUUGCAGGUGCAGCGGCAGGUCCGGACUCUAAGGGUUUUAAUUCAAAGGAUCAAAAGAGUGUUGGUGGUGCCUUAUUCCAAGGAUGGGGCUCUGCAAGUGUUAAUGCACCGUAUGGUAUCACUCCAUAUGAAGCCAUCGUGCAAAAGGCUAGAGAACGCGACAUGGUUAUAGACUUCACAUCUGAUCAAUAUGAUCUUGAUCACGUGGAUGAUAUUGCGGAGUACGCGGAUAUGGCUGUUGUAUUUGCUGUGGCAUCAUCUGGCGAAGGUUAUAUCGAAGUUGAUGGUAACUUUGGUGAUCGAAAGAACUUGUCAUUGUGGCAAAAUUCAGAGGAGUUGAUCGAUCAUAUUGCAAGCAGAUGUCAUAAAACUGUUGUUGUAAUCACAGCAACCGGUCCAGUAGAUCUUGAACCUUUCAUUGAUAAUGAAAAUGUUGUUGCCGUUCUCCUCUCUGCUCCUUUGGGACAGUACUUUGGGAAGGCUAUUGCUGAAGUUUUAUUCGGUGAGGUAAACCCAAGUGGACGGUUACCAUUCACAAUUGCAAGAAAAUGGGAUCAAUAUGUUCCAAUAAUUGACAAAAUUCCUAUCAAGGGAAAACCGACAGAUGAUUUAAACAGACUUCUUGAUUACCGUUUCUUCGAUGAAAAUGGGAUAAGACCACGAUUUGAAUUUGGUUAUGGACUUUCCUAUACAAAAUUCUCUCUUUCUGACUUAUCGAUAAAGGAAAUCUUACCACCAACUACCGAUUUACCUUAUCCACCACCGUAUUUAGAUGAGUAUGUUUUUGCUGAGGAAAAGUUGAGAGAUGUCGAAGAUGCUCUUUUCCCUUUUAAGGAAUUUUCACCUGUUCCUGGAUUCGUCUACCCAUAUCUAUUCAAUGAGAAAAUAUACAGUGUUGAUGAAUAUGAGUAUCCAGAAGGGUACACAGAGGAGGAGUGCUAUCAAGAACCAAUCUCUGGCGGUGGUUUAGGUGGAAAUGAUGCAUUGUGGAAUACUCUUUAUAGCGUCCACGCUGAGGUUACCAAUAUCGGUGAUGUUGAAGGAGCUUACGUCGGUGAGUUAUACAUUGAUUACCCUUCUGGGUAUGACGGUAUUAAAACACCAAGACAGUUGAGAGGCUUUGACAAGGUUCACUUGAAACCUGGAGAGAGUGGUAAACUUGAGUUUGAGAUUUUGAGAAGGGAUAUUAGUGUCUGGGAUACAGAAGAUCAAAGUUGGGUAAUUAUUCCGGGGACGUACAAAUUGUACGUCGGGUCAAGUAGUAGAAGAUUAGAGUUGGCUGGUGAGGUUGAGAUUCUUUGA